UCUUAUCACCUUUUCAGGAUGAUGCUCAUAGGAGUCUUGCUAGUCAUGUGUUCACUGGUUUCUUCACAAACGAAUCGAACAAAGUCUCUCAAAGCUUUAUGGAAUCUAGAAGAAGUUUGCGAAUGUACACUGCAUUAUAGGGCACUGGUAUAUAAUAAUUAUGGCUGCUGGUGUGGAGUUGGUGGCUCACACGAGCCUGUAGACGAAAUUGAUGAAUGUUGUAUGCAUCAUGAUAAGUGCUACGAUGCCGCCGUUGAUUCGAAGAUCUGCUACGAUGUAGCAUGGGAAUAUAUAGAUGACUAUAAGUGGAGGUGUACGAAUGGCACUGCUAUGUGCACGGAAAAGCAAACCGCUUGUAAGCUCGCUCUUUGUGCAUGUGAUGCUGCUGUCGUGCAUUGCUGGUCACAAUAUCCUCGUCCAACCACAAAAAAGAAGUGCAAUCAUAUUAGGAAACUCUCACAUGGUUUUCAACAUUGAAUUAUUUGAUCCUAAACAUUCAUUUGGUCCUAAUUAUCCGUGUGGUAAGCAAUUCUUAGAAAAUGCUAUUAUUUUUUGUUGCAUAACAUCGGGUUAAUUUUUGCUUCCCCACAUAAAUAAUAAAUGAUUUAUAC